AAUCACCAACCCGAAGAGAAUCCGGCCCCGUUCGAACUGUUACCGUGUUGUAGUAGACUUGUAGUGUUUAUUAUCCCGCGCGUCCCGCGAGAUUUUUACCUACUAGUUAGCUACCAUAGGAAGAUAGAGAGAGAGAGAGGAGAACUGAAUCUCAAAAUCUCGUUGGCGGCCCCCACCGGCGUUUCACUUUCUCUCUCUAUCUCUCUCGACAGCAAGCAAUCGCCGUCUGGCUUUUGGCCCGCGAGUCCUCCCCACCCUCUCUCCUAUUCCUUUCCUUCUAUCGUUAUAUUCGCUCGCUGGUUGCUUCUCCUUCCCCAUCCCAAUUAACAGUGACCACAAGGUGGCCGGAGGGGAGCGACGGCGGAAGGAUAAGUUUUCGGGGCGGAUUCUAUCCCAGCCGUCGGAAUCGUAGUUUGGCGGAGAGCUGAUUUUCCCCGGUAUCAGCUGAAUCCGCCGUUCGCUGGUCUUUUUUUGUAUCUUUCAGUUGAAGAAAUUCCAUCAAGUUCCCCGGCCAAAGCAGGAGUUGCAGAGGAAAAGUCGGGUGCUUUUGAUGGUUCCCUGUAAGACCUUCGCGAAUCCUGUUGGUGCAUGGUAUACCUAGUCUGGUGGAGGGAGGAAAAUGCUCAGGAAUUGGAAGAAACCCCAUAUCGACCUGAAUUUCAUUUACCAUUUUCGGGGCAUCUAAGGCUGCGGAAGGGUAGUUGAUGGCUUUGCUGUAAGUGGCAACUAUGGAGCAAGUUAUGGAGAAAAAAUAUCCUUUGUGUGCGAAAGAUUACAAGUUGUAUGAAGAGGUUGGGGAAGGGGUCAGUGCCACUGUACAUAGGGCCCUCUGUGUUCCUCUCAAUGAGAUUGUAGCAAUUAAGGUCCUUGAUCUGGAGAAGUGCAACAAUGACCUGGAUGGCAUUCGACGUGAGGUACAGACAAUGAGUUUGAUUGAUCAUCCAAAUGUGCUACGUUCGCAUUGCUCGUUUACUGCUGGCCAUAGCCUUUGGGUUGUGAUGCCGUACAUGGCUGGAGGUUCGUGCCUUCAUAUAAUGAAAUCUUCUUAUCCAGAAGGUUUUGAAGAGCCUGUUAUUGCCACAUUAUUGCGGGAGACUCUCAGAGCUCUUGUCUAUCUUCAUUCCCAUGGGUUCAUACAUCGAGAUGUUAAGGCUGGCAACAUUUUAAUUGAUUCUAAUGGUUCGGUUAAGCUAGCCGACUUUGGAGUUUCAGCAUGCAUGUUUGAUACUGGAGAUAGGCAGCGCUCGAGAAAUACUUUUGUAGGAACUCCAUGCUGGAUGGCUCCUGAAGUUAUGCAGCAGUUGCAUGGCUAUGAUUUUAAAGCAGACAUUUGGUCAUUUGGAAUUACAGCUCUUGAACUUGCUCAUGGCCAUGCACCUUUCUCCAAGUACCCACCGAUGAAAGUUUUGCUGAUGACCUUACAGAAUGCUCCUCCAGGUCUGGACUAUGAAAGAGACAAAAGAUUUUCAAAGUCAUUUAAAGAGUUGGUCGCUGCUUGCUUAGUGAAGGAUCCAAAGAAACGCCCCACCUCGGAAAAGCUCUUGAAACACCAUUUUUUCAAACAUGCACGCUCAGUUGACUAUCUUGCCCGUUCCAUUCUUGACGGACUUUCACCAUUAGGAGAACGUUUCAGGAUACUGAAGGCCAAAGAAGCUGAUCUUCUGGUGAACAAGCCACUAUAUGAGGAUAAAGAGCAUUUAUCUCAGCAAGAGUACAUAAGAGGGAUCAGUGCCUGGAAUUUCAACCUUGAGGAUUUGAAAAACCAGGCUGCUCUUAUACAGGACGAUGAUGGUAGCAUCGAAGAGAAAGGUAUUAUUGGAAAACAAACUGACAGGCAGGAAAACGAGUUUCUAGAUGGCCAUCCAUCUAUAAAUGCAGCUGACCACAUGACACCUACAAUUAAUGAGGAUGGAAUUGAUGAUCUUCCUGAUUUGGAAAGUUCACUGGAUGUGUUUCCCAUGAAGCCUCUGCAAGCUCUAAAGGGUUGUUUUGACGUUGGUGAGGAUGAUGAGGAUGCCACCACGCCUACUCUUAAAUGUAAUGGUGAAGUAGAAUACGAGCAGCAGGAGCAGAUAUUUAUGAGGCCAACUACCACAGAAAAAGACUUUGAAAGCAAUGGAGUUCAGAAAUAUGGACGGACUAGCUCCUUACCACGCCAUGUCAGUAAUGAGAACAAAAAGUUUUUGAGUGGACCAAUUUUAGCAGAUAGCAGUCAUGCUGAGGCGAGGUCUACAAGUGAGGAAAACAGGGAUGUCCAAAAGCCAAGGUACCAAUCUGAUCGAAACUAUAGUGGCACUUUACUAUACCGGCAGAAGAGAGAUACCAACAAUAUGUCAUCAGUAGAGGAUGCAGCAGAUGGAGCCAUUGUCCAGCGCAAGGGACGGUUUAAGGUUACUUCUGCUGAUCUCAGUCCUAAGGGUCCCACAAAUUGUUAUUUCAAUCCAGCUGCUUCUCAAGGGUCAACUAGUCCACCAUCAUCCAACCUAACAGCUGCCUCAGUUCUCCCUACACUGCAGUGCAUCUUGCAGCAGAAUGUCAUGCAACGGGACGAAAUCAUGAAACUGAUCAAGUCUGUGGAGCACUCCUCCGCCAAGCAUGGUGAGUCCGUUGAGGCUGCCUCAAAUGACCUUUUGCAGUUAUCUCCGAGGGAAAGGGAGCUACAGGCCCAGGUGUUUGGCCUGCAACAGAGGAUCGCAAGCCUCUUCGACGAAUUGCAGAAGCAAAAGAUGAUGAACAAUCAGCUGGAACGACAAUUGAGUUGUUCAACUAACAAGGAAAGACGAUAACGACUGUCGAUGGUGGUGGCGGUGAUGUUUAUAGCUUUUCGGCAUCAUCCGUGCCUUUCCUCUUCCAGUAGCGAGAUCGGGCGAGUUCGCUUGGGAGGUAUCAUCGGAAGAGGGUGGAAAGGUAAAAAACAAAGGGUGGAUGGAAUGAUAUUGUAUUUCUAGUGUACCAUAUACAUAUAUAUGAAUUAUGUAAGAUUGGAAAUGGAACAGAAAAGAUGGGAGUGAUGAGAUGGACACCCAAAGAAAAUUUUGAGAUGCCAUAUUUGUAACUUAAAUUGUGUCCCAAGAUAAUGCAAGUAAAGAUUCACUCUGCUUUGGUUUCCUUGCUUUUGGUUGUUUAGUCUUGUCUUGUCUCCCACAUGCAUCAUUUGCUGGUUCGUAACUUAUCUAUUGGAGAUUCCAUCUUUACAAUCAAAGUGCCAGCCAGCCAUGGUUGGCACUUGGCAGUCUGUGUCUUCCUCUCUCUUUGCUUCUUCCUUUUUCUUUGGUUUGUUUGUGAUGAUGACAUCAUUCUCAGGCUUUCUAAUUUCUCUAUGUCCUUAAUGAGUGCAAAACACCAUGAUCUCAUAUUACC